GUUGUUUACGGUGGUUUGUAAGAGUGCUAAAUGGAUUUGUUGGAAUUUCCCUCUACCUGGUUUUCUUAAACUAAAUACUGACGGUGCCUCAAAGGGCAAUCCAGGUCCAGCUGGUGGUGGUGUGGUUUUACGAAAUGAAUGGGGUCAAAUGGUUCUAGCUGGUUCAUACUACUAUGGAACUUGCUCAAACAUGGAAGUUGAAGUCCUUGCACUAUUGGAUGGUCUACUUCUUGUGAAGGAUUAUGGGUUAGAAGUCUAUCCUUUGAUCAUAGAAACAGAUACUCAGGUUCUUGUGGACUUGAUCAAACAGAAUGCUAAAUGGUCUUGGAAAUUUUGGCCAAUCAAGGAUUCUGCAACAAUGCUUCUCAUAUUCACUCCUAUCCUAAUUCCCUUCAUCUACAUAUGCGACAACUACUACUACAGGAUCAGAGACAGAUUAAAUCUCUGCACUCUAAGGUUGAAGUCAUCAACGAGGUGCUUUAUGAUGCAACAUACAGAUAUGCAUAUCAGGUUCAUUAAGGCAGAUCAGAAUUAUGUCUCAAUAUGUUUCAGAAAUGCAUGCACAUCCAUCAAAAUCUCAAACAAGCAAUACAGUCUGUUUAUACAGUCCAGUCUUAUACAUGAUAUUCUCUCCAGAAGUAAAGACGAUCAAGAAGUAAAAAAUAUAGUAGGCACCUGGUUACCUCAGGAUGUAAUUGGAUUCUGGUAUUAUUGGGGUAGUAACUUGACAAAAUUUAUGGGCUCUGUUUGCUCUGCUGAGGCUGCUAUAAUUCCCUUAAUCUCUGUUCUAUGGCUCAAAGGUAUUCUGGAUUUUGAGGUUUUCUUUAAGGCGGCCUUUCUUUUCUCUAGUGUCCCCUUCUGGCUACUCAUCUAA